AUGAAGACCCUAUUAUUCGCCAUCGCGCUCACCGCGCUCGCGUGCUGUGCGCGCGCGCAAGUCUACACCGACCGCUACGACACCGUCAACCUUGAUGACGUACUGGCCAACAAGCGGCUGACGGUGGCCUACAUCAAAUGCAUGCUGGACAAGGGCGGCUGCACGUCUGAGGGCCGCGAGCUUAAGUCUCACAUAGCCGAAGCGCUCCAAAAUGGCUGCGCGAAGUGCACCAAGGCGCAACGUGAGGGCAUGCGAAGAGUCAUCAAGCACCUCAUUCAGCACGAGAAGGGUUAUUGGCAGGAACUGGUAGAGAAGUACGACCCCAAACGAGUCUACACGCAGAAGUACGAAAAUGAACUCAAUUCCUUGUAGAAUUUGGCUGGAUUUCCAAUGACGAUCGAUGAUGUUGACCAAUAGAUGGCGCUUUGAUUUGAUUUUGAUGAUGCUGCUGACAAACUCUAUCUAAUCUCUUUUAAGGGUCC